UCCGGUGCAUGUGUUCCAUCAAGCAUAAGCCGGCCGGCAUCCACAGCCCAGCUAGCUAACAAAGCCAAUCAAAAUGGCUUCUUCUUCUUCCAGUUCCAGGCCUUACCUCGUCCUACUCCUGUGCCUGACCGGCGUCCUGGAGCAGGCCCUGCAAGCGGCGGCGGCUCCGCCUUCAUGGGAACUGCCGGAGUCGGAGCUGCGGCAGCGGUGGACCAACUGGCAGGCCAAGUACUCGAAGACGUACCCGAGCCACGAGGAGCAGGAGAAGCGGUUCGGCGUCUUCAGGGGCAACAUCAACAACAUCGGCGCCUUCUCUGCGGCCCAGACGACGACCACCGCCGUCGUGGGCUCCUUCGGCGCCCCGCAGACGGUCACCACGGUCCGGGUCGGCAUGAACCGCUUCGGCGACCUCCAGCCCAGCGAGGUCCUCGAGCAGUUCACCGGCUUUAACAGCACCGUCGUCCUCAAAACCCCCAAACCCACCCGCCUCCCCUACCACUCCCGCAAGCCCUGCUGCGUCGACUGGCGCUCCAGCGGCGCCGUCACCGGCGUCAAGUUCCAAGGCUCCUGCCUGUCGUGCUGGGCGUUCGCGGCGGUGGCGGCGAUAGAGGGGAUGAACAAGAUCAGGACGGGGACGCUGGUGUCGCUGUCGGAGCAGCAGCUGGUGGACUGCGACAAGGGGAGCAGCGGCUGCGCCGGGGGACGCACGGACACGGCGCUGGACCUGGUGGCGAAGCGCGGCGGGAUCACCUCGGAGGAGAAGUACCCCUACGGCGGCUUCAACGGCAAGUGCAACGUGGACAAGCUGCUGUUCGAACACGCGGCCAUCGUGAAGGGCUUCAAGGCCGUGCCCCCCAACGACGAGCACCAGCUUGCCUUAGCCGUGGCCCAGCAGCCCGUGACAGUGUACGUCGACGCCAGCACCUGGGAGUUCCAGUUCUACUCCGGCGGGAUCUUCCGCGGCCCGUGCUCCACCGACCCCGCCAGGGUGAACCACGCCGUCACCAUUGUUGGAUACUGCGAGGACUUUGGGGAGAAGUUCUGGAUUGCCAAGAACUCGUGGAGCAAUGAUUGGGGUGACCAGGGGUACAUCUAUCUUGCCAAGGACGUGGCCUGGCCGACCGGCACCUGCAGCCUUGCCUCCUCGCCCUUCUACCCGACGGUUUGAGCUUCACCGGUCGACGCCGAUUGGUUUGGUUUUGGUUACGUCAAGUGCUAGGCCGGCCAUCGAUCAUACGGACGAUUCAAAGUGGAUCGAUGGAUGUGUGGUAUUGUUUCCUUUUUGUUUGUUGUAAUGGUACAUGUAUUCUUCCCUUUUUGUCAAUCAAUAAAGUCGUUAUUUCAUACCA